AUGUAAAAUGUAAUAUUAUUUGAAUGGUGUAAAACAAAAAGAAAGUAAGGAAAGAGGAGAGAGAAGAAAAUAGUGAAUGCGAUUAAAGACGUGUGCCAAAUUAGAAACACUCGCUUAUUCAUCGGAUAUACCCAGAUUUUUUCAAAAUGGAGGACCAUCCAACGAGUUGUCUUCAUUUUUUAAGAAUACUUACCUAAGGAUGACACGAUGAGAGAAUCAAGAUAUUCACGUACGCGUAACGAGCUGUAGCACGCAUUGCAAAUCGUUGCACGCAAUGCAUCCUCUCGUAAUUCGCAUGGAAACAGGAAAACAACAAACUUAUUCUAAGCAGAAAUACUCAAAAACGAUACGCGGAAAAAAAUCUGUGGGAGGGGUCACAGCGGUUGGAGUGGUGAGAUCAGGUCGUGGUACUCUACUGAGGACACUUGUCCUCGUAUUUCUGGCGACAUUUCUCUGGCUGCAGCUUCAUGUGAUCAGCUUAACCGGUGGGGACACGUCUGGACAGUCUUCGGCUAACGAGACGCUUUUUGCGCUGGUCCCACAGGAACUUCACAGGUUCCUGAAAGAACGGCGUAAUGCGUCUUCGACGUCAAGCAAUGGAACUUCUGGCACGCUAACGGAUCUUGAAAUCGAGGAGAUUCGUCGUAACAUCGAUCGGAUAAACUUCGAGCAAAAGGUUUACAAUGAGGAAGCGUUUGGUCCACUUGCCGCUGAUGCACCGAUCAUCGUCGUCCAAGUUCACGUUAGGCUGACCUACUUGAGGCACCUGAUCGUCUCUCUGGCACAAGCCAGGGGCAUAGAACAGGCUCUUCUUGUUUUUAGUCAUGACGUGUGGAAUCCGGACAUCAAUUACUUAGUUCAGAGCGUUGACUUUUGUCGUGUCAUGCAAAUAUUUUAUCCACAUAGCAUACAAACGCAUCCUAGAACAUUUCCCGGGGAAGAUCCGAACGAUUGUCCGAGAAACAUUCACAAAGAACAAGCUUUGUAUUUAAAAUGUAUCAACGCGAAGCAUCCAGAUCUUUAUGGUCAUUAUCGGGAGGCAAAGUUUACACAAACGAAGCAUCAUUGGUGGUGGAAAGCCAACAAGGUCUUCGAUCAAUUAACAAUAACGAAAAAUCAUACGGGUAUGGUCCUAUUCCUUGAGGAAGAUCAUUACGUAGCUGAAGACUUUCUUCAUGUCUUGAGACUGAUGGAACGCACCUGCAAACACAGCUGCGAACGUUGCAACGUUCUUUCCUUGGGUACAUACCUCAAGACCUACAACUAUUUCGCUGACUUCAGUCGUAAAUUCCUUGGCGUAAACGGCGCCUUACAAAAGGAACUACUACAUGGAUUAAAGAAGCACGAGUCACCGGGACUACAGAAUGCUCUCAUCAGUAGCAGUAUCACCAGCAACAUCGGCAGCAGCAGCAGUAGCAGCAGCAGCAGUAGCAGCAUCAGCAACAACAAUAACAACGUUGCUGUUGGCAACGUCGUUGGAGGACAAACUAUUGCUGGAGUGUCGACCUAUCAGAGUUCCCAAAUGGUGCAUGCUGCACCUUCUUGGGCUUUCCAGCUCUUACCAAGUCUCUACACCCACUAUCAGAAGGCUGAGGUAAUACCCUGGAUAUCGAGUAAACACAAUAUGGGCAUGGCCUUUAAUCGGGUCACGUGGAAUAAACUAAGAAAGUGUGCCGCUCAAUUCUGCUCGUACGACGAUUACAAUUGGGAUUGGAGUCUUCAGCACAUCGCUCAAACUUGUCUACCACCGAGCAGAGGAGCUGGUGCUGCUCCACGCAUUGAUUCCGGCCUGAUUACUAUGAUGAUGAGAGCUCCCAGAGUCUUCCACAUUGGUGAAUGCGGUGUUCAUCACAAGAAGAAUAAUUGCGAGUCAACGGCAGUUAUAGCAAAAGUUCAAAAUGUAUUGAGAGCUGCUAGGGAUCAUCUAUUCCCAUCGCAAUUAACCUUAACGGUUGCUGGUAUGGCAAAGAAGACUAAAUUGAGGAAAGGUAACGGUGGAUGGGGUGAUGUUAGGGAUCAUCAGCUCUGUUGGAAUAUCACGAUGUACCCGGACUUUGUCCUGCCUUAAAAUAUUUCAUCAAAAACCAAAUAAAUAAAGAAACAUAAAGAACAUUCCAAGUAGGGUGUUCAUAAUCAUAAAAGACAACGUACUAUUACAUACUACUUAAAUAAAAAAAAAGAAAAGAAAUU